AUGGCGUCGUCGUCUUCGCUCGCGCGGACGUCGCCGACGCUCGCGCGUCGUCGCGCGCGAUCGUCGCCAUCGUCAUCGUCUUCCUCCUCCUCCCGCCGAGCCGCCCGCCGACGCGCGACGACGACGACGCCGCGCGCGUCGUCCGCGCCGCUCGGGACGCCGCUGUCGCCCCCGACCGAGAUCGACCGCGCGCUGUUCGGUGACGGCGCGUACGCGCCGUCGCCGAUGGACGCGUCGACGAUGCAAUCGCAGGGCGUCGUCCUCCUCGUCGUCGGGAUCAUGACCGCGUACUGGUGGUACGUCCUCGUCCCGGGCGCGAGGGUGAACCUCGCGGUGAACAAGAAGAGCGGGCGGCUCCGCGCGUACCUCGAAGAUCUCAAGACGGACGACGGACGGAAGUUGGAGCGCUUCUUCUACGCGAAGUGGCUCGCGAAGGUGGACCCGGAGACGCGGUAUCUACUCCGCGACGAGCCCGAUGGCGAGGGCGAGGCGGGAGAGGUCGCAGCGAAGACGAUGCUGUCGGACACCGAGGGCGUGACGCGCGACGUCGGGGAGGAGAGCGUCGAGGAGAUCGUUCGAAGGGCGAAGAGGACGCCGAAGUUUUGGAGCGGCGACAACCCCGUGCUCGUCGGCGCCGCGCUGAGCAUCGGCGCCGCGGGGCUCUUCGGCGUGAUUCCGCAUUAA